CUUGGCCUCCCAAAGUGCUGGGAUUACAGGCGUGAGGAAUUUACUAGAAUAAUAUAGUUUUAAACAUUUAAAAUUGAUGUACAUAUUACAUCAUCGGGAAUUAGAAGGAUUGAUAAAAUAAGAGGGGGAUGAAAAAUGUAAAAAAUAGAUACCAGUGUUUAAAUAUCUUGAUUUAUUCAUCAGAUAAAAAUUUCCAAUGGGCAAAUACUGGAGCGGCUGUGUUUGGAACACAGUCAGUCGGAACCCAGUCAAUUGGUAAAGUUGGUGAAGAUGAAGAUGGUAGUGAUGAAGAAGUAGUUCAUAAUGAAGAUAUCCAUUUUGAACCAAUAGUGUCACUACCAGAGGUAGAAGUAAAAUCUGGAGAAGAAGAUGAAGAAAUUUUGUUUAAAGAGAGAGCCAAACUUUAUAGAUGGGAUCGGGAUGUCAGUCAGUGGAAGGAACGUGGUGUUGGAGAUAUAAAGAUUCUUUGGCAUACAAUGAAGAACUAUUACCGGAUCCUUAUGAGAAGAGACCAGGUUUUUAAAGUGUGUGCAAACCACGUUAUUACUAAAACAAUGGAAUUAAAGCCCUUAAAUGUUUCAAACACACAUGGUUACUUAUUUUCCACCAUAGCCAAGGUCAUUAACAUAAUAUAA